AUGCUAUGGGCGAACGAUCAGUACUACGUUCUCGCCGGACGGAGCGCGGAAGAGCAUGUCGCCAGCUACUCGUUCUAUGAUGCCUACCUGGAGGAAGACCUACCAAAGGCGGAGGAGGUUUGGAAUACACUCGUUGCUGGUCUUGCACAAGUUAACGUCGAGCUACGGAUGAAACGGACCUAUCCUUGUCCAACUGGCGAAGAAAUUCCAGCUAUAAUUCAGGCUCUCAGUUUCCCUUACCGCGACCUAGAGUCUGGCCAGGUCAAGUCUAUUAUGGCAUGCACAACGAAUAUAUCUCGGCUGAAAUGGGCCCAGGCCUUCCAUGCUCGAUCAGCCGCAGAGGCGAGAGAGGCGAAGAAGCGGCAAGAGGCAUUCAUCGAUGUGGUCUCGCAUGAGAUGCGAAAUCCCUUGAACGCAAUUGUGCACUGUGCAGAUGCAAUCAUCGCAACGGCCCAAGACUGCGAGUCCGCUGGAGCUCCAGCUCAAUGUCUUGAAGCUUUGAACGAGAAUGCCCAAAAUGCCAAGAUUGUCUUACAGUGUGCCAAACACCAGAGACGCAUCCUGGAUGAUGUUUUGACGCUCAGCAAGUUAAACUCGACUUUACUAUCAAUUAAACCCGUUCCGGUCGAGCCUUCAAACCUGAUCAACUCCGUCAUAGACAUGUUCGAGCCAGAGCUAGACCGUAACUCAAUCCACCUUGAGGUCAACUCCGAUGCGUCCUUGUCUGACCUUUCCAUUCAUCGUGUUUUCUUGGAUCCGUCCCGAGUAACGCAAAUCCUCAUCAACUUGCUGACGAAUGCAAUAAAACUUGUCAAGUCAUCGAAGGAACCUUCAAUUUCAAUCCGGCUCGGUGCUUGCACGUCAAAUCCGCGGAGUCUCUUCACUGAUGAGAUGUUUUGGGCGGACGGCAAGCCAAGUGAACAGGCGACAAACGACCCUGAAUGGGGCUUAGGUGAGCACAUAUAUCUAACCUUCACCGUCCAGGAUUCCGGAAUCGGCCUGAACAAAGAAUAUGUCGCAAAGAUCUUCAGACGUUUUUCGCAAGCCACUAUUAAGACUCACAUUACCUAUAGUGGCAGUGGGCUAGGUCUUUAUAUCUCAAAAGAGCUUGCCGAGAAGCAAGGCGGCGAGAUUGGGGUAACUUCAGUGCCUGGCCAAGGGGCAACAUUUGGGUUCUAUAUCAAAACCCGUCGUGCAGAAGAGCAGUCAUUGACGGUCACGUUGUUGACAAAAAGUAUCAAACAGCCAGAGCCUAUGUCUCCACGAUUGCAUGUCUUGUUGGUAGAAGACAACCUGAUCAGCCAACAAGUCCUGGGCAAGCAGUUGAUACGAGCGGGAUUAAUAGUGGAGGUCGCCAACCAUGGGCUCGAAGCGCUUCAGAUUCUAGAGAGAAAGACCUUUGACGCCGUACUCAUGGAUUCUGAGAUGCCCAUCUUAGACGGCCUCGCAGCCACCCGCGCAAUACGGCAGAAAGAAUUGCUGGGUGAAGGCCUUCUCGGCUCAGCGAUGAUAACAAGACCUGGAGCUGUACGACUACCUAUCAUCGCUGUCACUGCCAACUUUCGUGACGAACAGGUGCAAUCGGCACUGGAAGCAGGUUCGGACGACGUCGUUCAGAAACCGUUCAGAGUGAAGGAUUUAAUAGAACGAAUACACUCAUUGCUCGCCUGA